AUGUCUCUGAAUAAAAGUGAAAUUAGGAUCAGGAAUGAAACAAUUCCUUGGUUGUAUGCUAUAGAUUACGAAGAUGCUAAUUGGGUUAUUACUAGCUCUUUUAUGAUAUUUACUAUGCAGACGGGUUUAACAUACUGGAUGUUUGGUUACGCACUUUCGUUUGGCAGAAGCGAGUACAACAACGGAUUCAUAGCUCUCGGUGACUUUUUCAUCGAUCCUUCGGUUCGGGAUCCAUUGAAGGGAUCGAUAUACACAGCAUUUAUUUUUCAACUGUCAUUUGCUACUACUGCAACUACUAUAGUCAGUGGAGCUAUGGCUGAAAGAUGUAAUUUUAAAGCAUACUGCGUGUUUAGCUUUCUAAACACAGUCAUCUAUUGUAUUCCUGCUGGAUGGGUUUGGGGAGAACACGGCUUCCUUAAAAAUUUAGGAGCUGUAGAUAUUGCUGGAUCCGGUGCUGUACAUCUUAUAGGAGGUAGUGCAGCAUUUGCAAGUGCUGUUAUGCUGGGACCACGUCUAGGAAGAUACGACAAUGGUAUAACACCGUUACCGUUGGGAAAUCCUGUAAAUGCUGUGAUGGGUCUGUUUGUUCUGUGGUGGGGAUGGUUGGCAUUUAACUCUGGAAGUACUUACGGGAUGGGCGUAGAUGAUCCUGUAGGUGCUAGCUCAGUUCAUGGCAUAGGUGGGAUAUGGGGGGUUAUAGCAGUUGGUAUUUUCGCCGAGGAUCCUGUCCCACUUGAUACCACAAGUGGCAGAAAUGGAAUUCUAAAAGGUGGCGGAUGGUACCUUCUAGCUAUUCAAACACUAACAGCUCUAUGUUUGCUCGCUUGGGGAGUACUUUCAACGUUUAUACUGCUCUGGAUUAUCAACCAGUUCAUAACGAUCAGGAUGGAGGUUCACACCGAGCUGAUGGGAGCAGAUAUUACCGAACACUUGGUCAAGCAUGGACAUGUUGGAGUGUCACGUGCAGUAUCGGCGUUUCGACCAGUUUUGGACACCAACGACAUCGAUCAACUUAACACCGUUGGGAUGAAUCCGGAACAUCAUAAGCACGUGGAUGCUGUAAAAACCAUGGCUAGAAAGAAACGUUAUCGAUUGUCCAAAAUCCUUAGAGAUAUAACUAAAGACCGAAAUAUGGGUAUAAACGUAGCGAAGAAGUUGUUCCCGAAGAAGAACUCAUCAGGCGCCAAACAGCCGAUGACUGCCACUGUGGUGCAGAAUGGGACAGAAGUGAAGAGUUCUCAGUUGGCUUGGGUACAUUAG